UAAGAAUUGAACUCGUCACUACAAGGGAAGCAACUGUGUAACAACUUAAAAAGUGUAAGGGAAUGUUAGUUAUGUCUUUGAUUUCUAUUUCUAAGCUGCUCAAAUAAUAUUGUCUACUGGAAGAAUAGUGAAAGAAUAAGGCUAUCACAAUGGACGGUCCGUACAGUGAAAAUGAUCGUGAGGUAGAUUCUGAAGUAACUUUGAAGUCCCUUCCACAAGGCAAAAUAUACCAUGCAUUCAUUUCUUAUCGAGACGUAGAUGAAGACAGGGAAUGGGUAAACAACCUGAUAGAAAAACUUGAAAAUCUUCACCAGCUAAAAUGCUGUAAUCAUGUAUAUGAUUUUCAACCGGGUCGUAAGAUUGUUGAAAAUAUAAAAGAUGCUGUUCUCCGAUCUGUAAAGACAUUGAUAAUAUUGUCAAAAGAAUAUCAUGACAGUCAUUGGUGCAACUUUGAAGUAGAAUACACUCAUCAGAUGAGUAUGGAAAUGAGAGAACAAAUAUUAAUACCAGUUUUAAAAGAAGACUGUGAAAUUCCUGAACACUUAAAACCAUUCACCUACAUAGACGCCAGAGGUCCGAUGGGAAGCUGGCUACCAAGACUUGUUACAGCUAUUGAAUCACCAGUGAACUGUGGGUUGGAAUCAAAAUAUUCACAAGUAGAUUUCAGUACACAUUACAGAAAUUUUGACACAGUUCAUGAAGAAAGAAGUAAAAUUGGGUGUUGUCGAGAAUUACCAUUCAAAUCUAGGCGUUAUAUUCCUGAUUCAUUGAACGACAAAGCCUUCAAUAUCAACAACUUCACGUACAAAGGUGUGCUGCAAGUCAUUUCUCAUUCAUCCUUUUUCAAACAUCGACAUAGCCUAUUUCCUUGGUGUCCAACAGUUUGCUGUGGGUCUGCAUCAUUUGGGAUUGGACUUCUAUUUUUAAUAAUUUUCUACUAUGAAUAUGUAUACUAUACACACCUUCCAUCUGAUGGAGAUGCUAUGGAUAAAUUAAAGUUUCGAGCGAAGGAAAAAAACAUCACUGAAAAUGAGCUGAUACAUAAUCAACUUCGAGGAAGUAUAGGAAUGAUGGUAUUUUGUGGGUUGUUCAUAGUACUAGCAUUUGUUUGGUUAAUUUGCUGUUCCGUUCACAUAUUACAGAAAAGGAAAUUAAUGUUCAAGGCACUGAUGAUUGCUAAUCACAGAUUAAUUGACCACAAUUUAUUGGUUGGAUUCAAACAUUAUAAAUGUUCCGCUACAGUAAAGGUGAUAUUUAUUUAUUUCAACUGUCGACCUUGUCUGGAUUACUUGGAACAGUGUUUCCAAAAAAACAAUGUUGACACUAGCCAAUGUGAUAAUGAAUGCUGUAUUCAAAAUGGAUCUACGAGUAAUAGCACAGUUAACGAUUCCAACGACGAAGCAAUCAUUUCUCUCUUAGAGAACGAAGAAAUUACUAAUAACAUUGAAGAGAAUGAUCGAGAGAAAGCAAGAGAUUUACUUAUCAGAAUGUCUGUAAAUUUUGUUCAAGAUUUUCUUGAGCAAAAAUUGGAAAACAGUAAAUCUUACAGGCAUACCACGCGUGCAUUUUGUAUGUGUGAGUAUGCGGAGAUGCAUGGGUUGCUACAUGUCCCAAUUAACGAUUCUGGCAUUCCAGAAAGAGGAUUGAGGAACCAUUCUAACGAAUCAACAUAUAAUUUUGCAAAUGUUGUUUAAAACUACAUUAUACUAUUUUUAUGAUACAAUCGGAAGAACUUGUGUGUCUGCUCUUGAUAAU